AUGAAGUACACUCUCGCCCUCUUCGCUCUCACCGGCGCCCUCGCCGCCCCCUCCGAGCGCCGCCAGCAGCCCAACGGUGGUGGCAGCGUUAUCCCGUCCACGAUCCGCCUUGAGGGCACGAACCUGUGCGUCCACGCCCACCAAUUCAUCAGCGAGGUCGUCGACAGCGUGAACCUGCAGAUGUGCCAGGUCACCGUCGAGGACAACGACAAGAACGGCGCCCCGAACGCCCCUGACCAGGGCUGGAUCAGCACCGAGCAGGGCACCGAGCAGGCGUCUUACCCCGGCUGGUGUCUCGGUGUCACUGGCAACGGUCAGGCCGCGAUCGCCCAGUGCGGUGUCGAGAGUGACGAGAUCCGCUCCUCCGACAUCGUCUUCAAUGGCCAGAACCUCUGCAUGGCCGGUACCCGCGAGUGCUUCGCUGUCCGGCAGUAUGAUGACACCGCCGGCAACCUCUUCCUCACCGACGACACGGGCAUCUUCGCCAACUUCGUCUUCCCCUACCUCGUCAAGUAA